AUGCCUCCUCCAGUUGGCAGAUACGGGCCUUCGGGUCUUGCCGCCCCGUACACCUUACAACAAGCACACCUUCAAUCCCAACACCCUCACGCCCAAUCCGCAAACUCGGCUCUCCCUCCCCCUUCACUCGGUGGCCAUCCUGGGUUCGCUGGAAACCCCAACACGAACAUCAACCCAUUCGCACUGUCCGGAGCUGGUGUUGCUAACGGCAUGUCCGUAGCUGGAUUUGCGGGUGCCGACGCUGGCGGCACUGGACUCGCGAGUCACGCGGCGCAGAUGGGAUUCGCGCGAGGAGCACAGAUGCAGCAGCAGCAACUACACCAAGGCCACGAUGGCCGGUUAUCGUUAGAUCCGAAAGGUGGUGCAGUGAAGACACGGAUACGCGAUGUGUGGAAGCACAACCUGGCGCAUGAAAUGGCGGUCUUGAGAUCUUUAGUGGAUAAGUAUCCAUACAUCAGCAUGGAUACCGAGUUCCCCGGAAUUGUUGCUCGUCCGAUCGGAUCGUUCUCCAACAAAGCCGAUUACCAUUACCAAACUUUACGAUGCAACGUCGACUUGUUGAAGAUGAUUCAGUUAGGAAUCACGCUUUUCAAUGAAGAUGGAGAAGUACCCCCCGCGACCGCCACAGAUGCCAAUGGGCAGCCAUAUGGGAACUCUUUGGUCCCGGCUCCAUGUACAUGGCAGUUCAACUUCCGAUUCUCGCUGGAAGACGACAUGUACGCCCAAGACUCGACGACGAUGCUCGCAAAGUCCGGAAUUGACUUCAACAUGCACGACAAGAACGGUAUUGAUCCAUUUGAAUUCGGAUCAUUGCUUAUCAGCUCCGGUCUGGUAUUGCUCGAUGACGUGCACUGGGUCUCGUUCCACUCUGGAUACGACUUCGGCUACUUGAUGAAGAUUAUGCUUUGCUCGCCCCUGCCCGAGAAUGAGGAAGAGUUUCACACGUUGCUCAACAUCUUUUUCCCUUCCCUUUACGACAUCAAAUACUUGAUGAAGCAUGCUGGUCGUAACCAGGCUGUCAACGAUUCCCCUCUCACCCAGGCCGCCGCCCAGAUCCUCUCAAAUCUGGGCCAAAAGUCUGGUCUCCAGGAUAUAGCAGAUGAACUGGGUGUCAAGCGUGUUGGAAUCGCCCACCAAGCUGGUUCUGACUCCCUCGUAACCGGGGAGAUAUACUGGAAGAUGCGCCAAAUGGUAUUCAACGGGGCGAUCGAUGGGAGUAAAUACUCCGGUCAGAUUUGGGGCCUGAAUGGCCAAAUGCCCACGUUGACCUACCAAAUGGCUCAACAAACUCCUAAUCUCAAUGGAGCUACUAUCUACUCAGGUGCCGGUACCCCUAGCACACCUAAUACCGGACAUAUUACGAUGGGCGCCCACACACCGCACGGUUCCGGCUAUCAUACUCCAGGUGGGAUGAUGGGUAAGGCGUAA